AUGAGUAACUUUGAGUUGUUAUCGGACCGUAUGGAGAAAGCCCGUCUGCAGAGACGAAGAAACGAUGAGAGUGAGAGGAGAGAGAGGAUUUUUAACCAUAAAGUCAGGACUAUCGGGGUUGACAAAGACGCCCUGGACCUGCAGAUUAAAGAAAAACAGAGACAAGAGGAGGCAGAAAAAGAGACACAAGACACUUAUGAUGCUGAAAUUCUCCAUGACAGCAAAAUGUUGAGCCUUCUUCAUAACAAGCAAGUGAAGGAGAGGCAAGCGAUGGAAAAAGCCAUCGUUGAUUACCGACAUGAGUACCAGCAGCCUCAGAGAGGCCUAGACGGUAGACGCACAGAGGACGGUGGGGCACAGAUGAUCCUCCCCGGUCUGGUAGGAGAAGAUCCAGACAGUAAGAGCAGACGACAGAGACAGAAGGAUCAGCUCAGAGGAUGGCUCAUUCAGCAGCAGAGCGAACGAGCAGCAGAACGGCGUCAACAAAAGAUGGAAGAGCAGUGCUACGACCAGAGCAGAGCAGAAAUGGACAGCAGAGCUCUGCAGCUUCACAGCCUGGAGGCUGAGAGGAGGAAAGCAGAAACCGUGGCCACCAAGGACUUCAACCUGGCCAAGAUUGAAGAGAAGGAGUGCCAUCGGAGAUCUGAUCUGAAUGAAGAAGGAGCUUCCAGCAUGAAUCACCAGCAGGAACCGCUUAUGGAUGAAGACGCCACAAACACCCCGGGCAUGAUGGGAGUGUCUGGUCCCAGCAGUGAACGGGGCGCUCCUUCAGAGAGUCUGCAGCAGCUCGUGCAGUUCCAGAAACUUCAGAUCGAGGAGAAAAAGAGGAUGGAGCAGAAAAAGAAACUGGAGGAGGAGCAGCUUGAUCGAGUACGUUUGGACUCGACUCGUUCAGCUCUGCUGAUCGAGCGUCAGCAGGCGAGACUGAACAAGGAGCUGAGACGACACCUGGACAGCACCAACCUCCACCUGGCCGAAACACACAAACAGCAGAAACCGGACAUUAAGAAAGGAGGCAUCGAUGACAGCUUCUUCUCCCAGUUCAACACAUGCAGCAGAUGA